CGGAUUGCUCUGCCGGCAUCGCGUAGAGAAGGGCACAGGUCCCACAGCAAUGUUACGCAGAUCAGGGUAUUGGGGACUCGUAUAUGAGAUCGGGAAGACCCGACCUGGUCCCCGCCACGCCGUCUUCAGGUUUGUAUUAAGGCACUUGCAACUGCCCCCUCCGCAGACUUCAGGAGCCCAGCCGUGCCACUCGGCCAGGGCUUGCCUGCUCACACAGUGUAGGCAAAGGAUCACACCCCAGCCUGUGGAGAUGUUAUCCUAUAAUCCGAUGGGUUAUUGUGAAAUCAGGCCUAGGCCAACUGCAGGAAUCCCAUUGAUGCUACCACGGCCUUGCCAUUGUGGAUGCGGAUAACCACCGAGUAUGGCCUAGCCCCGGGCAACAUGAACGACUCGGCAGCUCGGAAGGGGGCUCAGGGGUUCGAUUCUCCAGGUGCUCAUCCGAGAUACCUUGCGGCCCUCCCCCAUUGAUGCCAUUUUACACUGUGACAUGGUAUGAAACGGCAGAUGCCAACGUGCUGGGAGAUAUAGUCUUGUCCGGGCUCGCUCAUUCAUAUUCAGCAGCGAACCUUGGGCUCCUUCCCGCCGCUGUCGCAAGCCUCGGGCACAUCAACUUCUCUGUCUUUUCCUUGACAAUGAGAGCGGAGUGAAAAACGCAAAACUCCAGCCAUCAUGAGGGCGUUUUCUGUUGCGCUGUUUCUCCUCGGGGGGCUAGUCGGGCUAUCCUUUGCCGACGCCUCGACGACGCCAGCGUGUGCGGCCGACUGCUUGGCAACGUACCUCCCACAGUCUGGGUGCAAUGCGACAGACGCCCCUUGUAUCUGCUCAGACGUCACGCUGAACGGACAGGUGCAGAACUGCACGCUGGCAGCAUGCACGACGCGUGAAGCUCUGACGGCUUUAAAUGUAACAAAAACCUUCUGCGGAGAGCCCGUCCGGGACCUCACGGCAAUCAGCCCGGUCGUCACGGCCGUGUCAGGGACACUCGCCAUUGUGGCAGUUGUCAUGAGGCUUGUUGACAGCUUCAACCGUGGCCACCUGCUCAACUGGUCCAAUUUCUCUAUUGUCGUGGCACUUGCCUGUUGCCUCGUUAUCGGAGCCCUUGUGUUUCCAAUGUCCAAAUACGGAUUUGGCAGGGACAUAUGGACAAUCCCUCACGACAACAUAACCCGAAUCAUUAUGUUCACCUGGAUCUCAGAAGUAUUCUACAUGAUAGUACUUGGCUCGACCAAGAUAGCCAUGCUGUUGCUGUACCUCAAGGUAUUCCCUAGCCAGACCUUCCGACGGGUUUGUUUCGUCAUGAUAGGUGUAUGCCUGGUCUAUUCACCCGCAACUGCGUUGGCAACCUUUUUCAACUGCACUCCUGUCAGCUACAACUGGACGGGCUGGACCGGGGAGACAGAAGGCAGCUGCUUCAGCUUCAACACCUUUGCGUGGGCGCAAUCCAGCAUCAACAUCGUGCUGGACCUGAUCAUCAUCCUCCUCCCGAUACCGCAGCUGUGGAAGCUCAACAUGGGGAGGAAGAAGAGAAUCCAGAUCGUGCUGAUGUUCAGCGUCGGGCUUUUCAUCACGAUCGUCAGCAUUGUGCGGCUGACGGCCCUGGUCAAUUUCGCGACGACAACCAAUGCCACUUGUAAGUCCCAGCACGCACCAGACCCACGGCAUGCAUGGCCCAGCUGACAGGCUGCCCUAUGAUACCAGAUGACAACGUACCGACGGCGUACUGGAGCGUCCUAGAGGUCUUCGUGAGCAUCAUUUGCUGCUGCAUGCCUGCGGUCCGCUCGCUCCUCAAGAGGACAUUCCCGAGCUGCUUCGGCAGCUCCACAGACACCAAGAAUACCCCCCCGCCUUACAUGACACCAAAGUCCCCUCGCUACAAACUCAGUGGUGGGAUCCAAAAGAGCAUCACGAACACCGUUACCUUUGGGCCGAUCUCGGCCGACGAAAGAUCACAUGGUGGUUCUGACAUUGAGCUCGUGGACGACCGGUGGCGGGAUCGCGACUAGGCUGUAGUGCAGGCUCGUAGCAUCUGAAUGGCACGAAGCCAUGGCUCUUAAUUGUAUGAGAAUAAUGAGACUCGAAGUUGGACGAUGGGAAUGUGGGAAAUGGACACUGAAUCUGACGAAUCUUUCAAAGUGUGUACUGUAUAUCUCGAGUAGCUGUGUACAACUAGCAGGCAUUUAAAAGUUGGCUUGGCA